AUGUCUCUGCCGUGGAGAUUGACCAAGAAGUUGAGAGAGACCCAUUUGGGACAAUUCGCCAGCUUCACACGAUCUUCCGUCGCGAUUCCGACAGAAUCAACCAGCGCAGAUUCAAAACCGGCACCCCUGGUAUCCGAUUCUAAUUCUGACAAUGCUGACGACAUCGACGAGGCAGACGCUUCACCCCCCUCAGAAUCGCUUACUCAAUCGUCAGUAACCAAGGUACUCGAGCCAGGGGUUCUCAUUGUAACAAUACACGAAGGCCGUGGUCUCGCCGUUCCCGACAAGUACAAAAACAUUCUCUCUAUUCAGGAUCGGACCAACCCAGAAAAUUCAUCCACGAGCAGAAUAUGCUCCAAAGCUAUGCCUUAUGCAUUGGUGGACUUUGAAAACUCUGAGUUUCUUGUCAAUUCUGUCGCGGGAACACCACAGAAUCCCUUGUGGCCUGGUCCUAAUACUCAGUACAAGUUCGACGUAUCGAGAGUCUCAGAUCUUACCAUCCAUCUUUUUCUCCGAAACCCCAGCCCCUCGACAGGUUCUAGGCGCACACAAGACAUCUUCUUAGGAGAUGUGCAACUUGCCCCAGACUUUGGUGCUGCACAGUCGCCGAAAACUACUACUGGCGGCAGACACAGUCCUGCAGUGCACGGGCUUAACGGGCUGACGUGGUUCGACAUUGAAAACGGCACCGGACAACUUCAGGUCGGCAUUCAGUAUGUGAAGAGCCAGAAACACAAGCUUAGUGUGAAUGACUUUGAACUAUUAAAGGUCAUCGGGAGAGGGAGUUUUGGUAAAGUGAUGCAAGUACGAAAGAAGGAUACAAACUGCGUCUACGCUCUCAAGAGCAUCCAGAAAGCGAAAAUUGUCUCUCGAUCGGAAGUGAGACAUACCCUCGCCGAAAGGUCCGUCCUCGCGAAAAUCAACAACCCUUUUAUUGUCCCUUUAAAAUUUAGUUUCCAAUCACCAGAAAAGCUGUACUUCGUGUUAGCGUUUGUGAAUGGAGGCGAGCUAUUUGAUCAUCUCGAAAAGGAGCGACGCUUUGAUGUCAACCGGUCCCGAUUUUAUACCUCGGAGCUCUUGUGUGCGCUAGAGUGUCUACAUGGCUUUAAUGUGGUGUAUCGAGACUUGAAGCCCGAAAACAUCCUACUGGAUUCACAAGGUCAUAUUGCGCUCUGCGAUUUUGGCCUCUGUAAACUAAAACUAAAGGAUGAGGACUAUACGAAUACGUUUUGCGGCACACCAGAGUACCUUGCGCCAGAGCUUCUCCUCGGGAAGGGCUAUAACAAGACGGUGGAUUGGUGGACGCUGGGGAUUUUAUUAUAUGAAAUGCUCACAGGCUUGCCGCCGUUUUACGAUCAGGAAACGAACGAAAUGUACCGCAAGAUUUUGUCGCAUCCGCUCACCUUUCCUGCCGGGCACGUUGUACCACCAGCGGCCAAAGAUCUGCUAACCAAACUACUAAAUCGCAACCCUGAUGAGAGACUUGGCGCCAAGGGCUCAGCAGAGAUCAAGGCACAUCCCUUUUUCGACGGCAUCGACUGGCGAAAGCUCCUUGAACGAAAGUACGCGCCGGCGUUCAAGCCUGACGUGGACUCUCCUACUGCAACUGGAAACAUCCCCGACAUCUGGACGCAGGAAACUCCCAAGGACUCUCCAGUGGACGACCCCAGCCUGUCGCAAACGAUUCAAAGGCAGUUUGACGGCUUCAGCUACGUCCGACCUGUUCCUGGGCUCAACGACGGGGGCGGCAGUAUUAUGGAUUCAUCGUUUUUACGCUCUGCAGAUGGUCGUGAUUAG